CUUGACCUUCAUUAAAUCUCGCAUUGAAACCGAUCAGCAGCCUCGUUAUCACCUUAACAAUUCGUAUAUUAAAACAAUUCGAUUGUCGAUUUUUUUCGAUCCAUUUUCUCAUUUUUCACUCCCGUUUCUCAUAGCAAUUAUUAUUGACAUAAAACAAAGAUCGAUACUUAUCAAUGCGAUAAUACGACGUGAUUUUCGCAGUAUUAAUUGGUGUUAUUAACUUUAGAAUUAACACAUCGUAGUUGUUAUAUAAUUUUCCGACCAGCCGUCUCGUUUACUCAUCUCCCGCAUUUCAAACCACGACUUUGUUAGUUGCAAAACUUGCCUUGUCAGUUAAUUAGACGAUCCGUGACAAAACAAAACCAGAAUUACAGGAUCAACCCAUAAUUAGUGUGUUUCGUAUUAUUUUAAUGAGAAGGCUGUGAUAAAUCAAGUGAACAUUGACUCGUAAUUUGAUCGGUAUUUAGAACAAUUGAUGAUUGAUUGCUAACAUGGGAAAUGACAGAGAAGAGAAACAAAGGCUUACGCUUGAUGAUGGUAUUAUGAAACAUAAUGACCGUGGAAGAACAGCUUUACAAAUCGAAAGGCCAGUCUACCAAAUUGAAGAACUGAACAGGGACCAUCUUUACCAAAGACCAUCAGAUACUUUUAAGCAUAAAUGUGCCGAACAGUGCCGGUCUUACUGUGGACUUGACUGUAUAAAAAGGACGGUGCCUCUCUUACAAUGGCUGCCGAAUUACAGCUGGAAGAAAAGUUUUGUAGGCGAUCUUAUAAGUGGAAUCACUGUAUCUAUAAUGCACAUACCUCAGGGAAUGGCGUAUGCCUUGUUAGGGAAUGUGCCACCUAUUGUAGGGAUAUACAUGGCGUUUUUUCCUGUCUUAGUAUAUUUUAUAUUUGGCACAUCGAGGCAUGUCUCAAUGGGAACAUUUGCAGUAGUGUGUUUGAUGACAGGCAAAGUUGUGGCAGAACACAGUACAGUAGAAAUACUACAAAAUGGAACAGUUAGGUCAAUAAGUGAAAAUAACGAACCAUCUCUACCAUCUUACACUAAUAUUCAAGUAGCAAUGACUGUCACGUUCACUGUAGCUUUGAUAGAGGCAUUCGACAUACUAUAUACAUAUUCUAUGUUCUGCUGCAGUUGACUAUGUAUCUUUUAAGACUUGGCGUAGUAUCGCAACUACUUUCUGAUACCCUAGUGAAUGGAUUCACGUGCGCCGCUGCCUUCCACGUGGUCGCAUCGCAGGUUAAAGACUUGCUCGGAUUGCCCAUACAGAAAAGAAGGGGCAAUUUUAGUUUUUUAUUCGUAAGUAUAUAUAUAUAAACUAGAAUAUCCUAAUAACAUGUGAAGACUUUCUAGAAAAAAAGUAAUCGUAUAGAAAAGUCUAGACAUAAAUAAAAGUGACAACUAGCUGUUAAAAUAUCUAACCUGCUAUAGUUGUAGUCACCGUUCUUAGCGGUUACGUCAUCAACGCCAUAUGAAAUAAGUGCGAGUCUCCGUACCAUAGGCGAAUCUAUAUGUAUGCUACUCUCUCCAGGGCGCUUGAAGUGGGUAACAGGGGACCGCUGUUUUCAUUCUCUUCCUGGAAAUAUUCUAAUAAAUUUUGCACGAGCUGUGGGCCUUCUGCAUUGAUCGUAUUUCCGGCCAUUGUACAAUUUUAUAUUGAAGAUUGAUAAGAGGACAACUCAUAUUGCACGCCGAUUUCAAGUAAGUUGCCAAUCUGACAAAUAUGAUUGAAGAGCACUCAUACGUAACGACAAAGUUUUCGAUACGGAGACACACAACUAAAAAACGUAUGUCUGAGCUUACCGAACGAACGUUCACAUACAGGGGUAGGUUGCAUGUAUAUGUAUGACGGAGAUGGAGGUAUAUAAAGGGAUACUGGUAGUCUUACUUUGACCUGCCGAGAUCGGUGACUACAACUAUACCUGACAACUGACUGACAGCUAACACGCAGAACUCAAAAAUACUAAAACUGACGUACUAGCUGUCUGUGACCUACCAUAUUAUGCAGGGUAUUACAAUAAUAUUCAUUUAUAAAUUUCAUUAUCUCGAAUUUCAGCUUGUUAACCUGCUUGAAGAAUUGGUAGGCAGAUGCUUUUGUGAAGCACUUUGUGUAAAUCUAUUAUUUACUUUCGCUUUAUUAGUAUCUCUGGGACUUCAGUAAAAAUAACAAAUGUAUGUUACCCAAAUUGCUAAAUGAAACAGACAUUUGAAGCAACAACAUCCUACUCUGGUUUUGAAGACGAAAGAGUUAUUUUCUCCUAAAGCAGAAUCACUCAAGCGGAUGAGACUGGAUAAAUCGGGAAGUUAUCACACAGGUGUAUCGCAGCAUCUCAAAGCUUCAUUUGAAAUAGCUGUUAUGAUAGCAAAGCAAAAGAAACCUCAUACUAUCGGUGAAGAAUUAAUAAAACCACGUGUCCUAAAAGCCACGCAGAGAUGUAGAGCAAAAAAUGAAGUCUAUUUCUCUUUCGAAUAACAUAGUCAAGCGUAGAAUCGAUGACAUUGCAGCAGACAUAAAGUCACAAAUAAAUAAUUAACGAACUAAAAUUAUCGCCAUUUUUUGCCAUUAGUUGCGUUGAAUCCACCGACAUCGUUAAUUGUGCACAGUUAAUAGUUUAUGGCGGAGAUAUAAUUCAAGAAGAGAUUUUGUACUCCCAAUCAUUGACAGCAUGUACUACAUCUGAAGAUACAGUAAUGGACAAAAGUAUAUAGACAAAUUAAUAUUGUGCUGAAUUUCUGUUUUAACUUGUUUUAUUAAUACACCAACCUUUAUACAUAAUUCGUUAUAGCAUAUAUAUAUAUACUCAUUUAUACAUAAAUAAAUUCAUUAGACUCCCUUCAAUAAAAAAUUAAUUGAAAAAACUGGAACUAUGGAGGACACAAAUAUAUAGACAAAGCAAAACAAUUAUAGAAAAAAGAAACAAAGUUCAUUGAAUUAUAGAAAAACAACCAUGUUUGUGUUAAUAUUUUGUAGCCUAACCAUUAUUAUCAAUUACCGCCUGGCAUCGUCUCGGCAUAGAUUGUAGAAGUUUCUUGA